UUUAUUUUCUGCAUUAUCUAUAUAUAACAUCAUAUCUUUCAUUUUUAUUCCAACUAUAUCUCAUCAGUUCAUAUAUAUAUCUUUCUCUUCCACUUCUCCUCUCAAAUUUGUUGAUGUGGUUAUGGGCAAGGACAUAGAUCGAGUUUGGCAGCUCUAGCAGCCAUAGCGUAGGAGUUUCUCUUAAUGUGGUAACUCACCAGGCAUGACGCAUUUCGAGGCUGUUUCAAAAGUCCCACUGCUACCUGAAUGUCGAGAAAAACAGACAAAAAAGGGAGAUUGUAGUGUAGACAUAACAGAAGAAAACCUAAACCUAAACCUAAAACAAAAACAAAACCAAGAGCCAGCUGGGAAGUACAUAUCCAUAGUGAGAAAUGCAAACCAGAAACAAAAACAAAACCAAGUGGCAGCUGGGAAGUACAUAUCCAGAGUGAGCAGUGCACUGGUUAAAACCAACUCGGAUGCUUAUAAACCGAAGCUCAUAUCUAUCGGGCCUUACCAUAUGGAAGAUCCUGGCUUGGAGAACGGUGUGAAGCAAGGUUUUCAGAAAUCUCUUUUUGAAAAGAUUGAUGGGUUUAAGGAACAUAGUACUAAGAGAUUGAUGGAGUUAAAGGACAAGGCACGCUCCUGGUACGCUGAAGAUACCCAACAUAUGAAUGAUGCCCAGUUCGUGGACAUGUUGCUGCUCGAUGGUUGCUUCAUUCUUGAGUUCUUGGAGAAGUACUACGUUCUUCAGUUCAUGGAAAAGUACUCCAAAAACGAAGGGGCAGAUGAUGAGUUCAUGAAAGUUAAAGGAAACCUAGUUCCAACCUUGAUUGACAUGAUAUUAUUCGAGAACCAGAUCCCAUUCUUCGUCCUCUUUGAACUCUUCAAACUGAAGCAUCAUCAUCUUCAUCCAAGAAAUGAUAAUGAAAAAGAGGAUAAUGAUGCAGUUUUGCUGCAAAAACUGAUCGUGUUGGUGAGGAAAUGCAUAGGGACUCAAGUCCCCAAGUUACCUCCUGGGAACGUAGCCGCCCAUAAAUAUAAACCAGUGCGUAAUGGUUUACCCAAGCAUUUGGUUGAAGUGGUUCAUGAUCUCUGCAUUCCCAGGAAUCCCAAAUGUGGUAGGCUUCGCGAUGGCGAUGAUUCUGGGGGAAUAAUAGAGCAAAUCAACACCGCGACUGAGCUCGAAAAGGAUGGAGUGGGGUUCAAGAAGAUUGGCAAAGUUUAUGAAAAAUACUUUGAGAAAGAAGAGGCUAGUGCUAAAAACUGCAAUCCCAAAAGUGGCAGGCUUCGCAACAACGAUGAUUCUGGAGGAAUAAUAGAGCAAAUCAACACCGCGACUGAUCAGCUUGAAGAGGAUGGAGUGGGGUUCAAGAAGAUCGGCAAAGUUUACGAAAAGUACUUUGGGAAGAAAGAGGCUAGGGCUAAAAACUUCAACGCCAAAGACUGCACCACGAUGUUCGACAUAGAUUUCAGCAAUGGGAUACUGAAAAUCCCGAGCUUCAGGAUAGAUGACGACACAGAGAGAUUGUUGAGGAACAUGAUAGCAUACGAGCAGCACUCGACAGAUACACCUGUGUGGUUCUCUGAUUUUGCGAGCUUCAUGGACCAACUCAUUGACUCCACCGAGGAUGUUAACUUGCUUCGCAGAAGAGGGAUCAUCGUCAACUGCAUGGCUAAAAACGAAAUGAUCACUGACAUAUUCAAAGAUUUGUGCCAAGAUGUCAUAACUUAUAAUACCUUCUCCGGAGUGAUCAGAAAGAUUAAUCUGCAUGGCGAGAAUGCAUGGAAUGUAUUGUUAGGAAAACUCAAACAUGAUUUAUCGUACAGCCCCUGGAAACUCAUUUCUGCUGUUGUGGGUGGCCUAGUUGCCUCAAUUAGUACUGCUUAUGCUUUGAGAAAUCUACUUCGUUAGGGCCUUAGGGGAGGCCCGGGAACAAUCCCGCACUACUUUGUAAAUUAGUGUGUUUGAAGAUCUGAAAAAUGUUUUUCGGAAAAUGAGUCAUUUUCCUUUCUA